GACAUAAAAGCCGGACUCCGUCGGACGCCCGGAGCCGGCGUGCUGCUGAGGCGGGAGGAUGGCUCUGCGCGCCCGCAGACCCGAGCACGGCGGCCCCCCGGAGCUGUUUUACGACCAGAAGGAAGCCCGGAAAUACGUUCGCAACUCACGAAUGAUUGACAUCCAGACCAAGAUGGCAGGACGAGCAUUGGAGCUCCUUUCUCUGCCUGAGGAUCAGCCCUGUUACCUGCUGGAUAUUGGCUGUGGUACCGGACUCAGUGGAGAUUACCUUUCAGAUGAGGGGCACUAUUGGGUGGGCAUCGAUAUCAGCCCUGCCAUGCUGGAUGCGGCCUUGGACCGAGAAGCAGUAGGAGACUUGCUUCUGGGGGACAUGGGCCAAGGCAUCCCCUUCAAACCGGGCACCUUUGAUGGUUGUAUCAGCAUUUCUGCAGUGCAGUGGCUCUGUAGUGCUAACAAGAAGUCUGACAUCCCUGCCAAGCGCCUGUACUGCUUUUUUUCUUCCCUUUAUUCUGUUCUCGCCCGAGGAUCCCGAGCUGUCCUGCAGCUGUACCCUGAGAACUCAGAGCAGUUGGAGCUGAUCACAACUCAAGCCACAAAGGCAGGCUUCACUGGUGGCGUGGUGGUAGACUACCCCAACAGUGCCAAAGCAAAGAAGUUCUACCUCUGCUUGUUUUCUGGGCCUUCAGCCUUUAUACCAAAGGGACUGAGUGAGAAUGAGGAUGGAGAGGAGACCAUGGAGUCCGUGUUCACUAAUGAGAGGGUCCCAUUCAGGAUGACGAGGCGGGCGCUAGUGAGGAAGAGCCGAGCGUGGGUGCUGGAGAAGAAGGAACGGCGCAGGCGGCAGGGCAAGGACGUCAGACCUGACACCCAGUACACUGGCCGCAAGCGCAAGCCCCGCUUCUAAGCAGUUGCCAUGUCUGGUGGGGUGUGGCCACACAGUCACGAGCUGCGCCGUCCACACAGGCACUUGCCGCUGGAAAGUUUUCUAUAUUGAAGUGCUUACUUCAUCCGUUGACCAAGUAGUGUUUAGAAAAGUUUUAAAGUUCUAAAAGUAUUUUCUUCACUAAAAAAGUUCUGUCAGAAUGUUAUAUUUUGUUUAAAAGCAAUAAAUCCCUUUUUGUGGAA